AUGAUUGAUCAAUCAAAUGAUUCACCAUCAUUUCUAUCAUCUAUUUGGACUAAUUUAAUCGGUCGUGUUUCAAGAAAAAGAAAUAGUUUUAAAAAAUCAACAGACAAUGAUGAAUCAGAAUUAUCAGCAGUCGAACGACAAACAGAAAAUUCACGUAAAGGUGGAACUAUAUGGGAAGCUGUACGUAAAGCAGAUGAACCUGCAUUAAAACGUCUUCUUAAUGAUAAUCCAAAUCAUGCUGAUGCACGUGGUCCUGUUGGAGAAUGUCCUAUUCAUAUGUUAUUUUUAUAUGGAACUGAAUCUCAUCUUAAUAUGGCUCGAUAUGUAAUUACAAAUUUUCCAUAUACAAUAACACAAAUCUAUAAUCAAGCUGAAUACUAUGGUGAAAUGCCUCUUCAUAUUGCAAUUAUUAAACGAAAUCCAACUAUGGUUGAAUGGUUAUUAGGUUAUGAACAUAAUAAAGACUAUAUAGAACAACAAUUAACAGCAGCUGCUAGUGGAAAUUUUUUUAAAGUUGGUCGACCAUGUUAUUAUGGUGAAACUCCAUUAGCAUUUGCUUGUUGUACAAAUCAAUGGAAUAUAGCAGAAAUUUUACUUAAAUAUGGUGCUUCUAUGGAUGCGGUUGACUCAAACGGAAACAAUGUAUUACAUUUACUUGUGAUUCAUAAUUUACCUGAAAUGUAUACUACAUUUAAACAACGUUGGUUAGAAGAACAAGGACCAGAAAAUGAAUCAAAUGUUGAUGAUGAUGAUGAUGAUGAUGAUGAAUAUUUUCAAUCAGAGAAAAAACGUAUUACACCAUUAUGGAAACGUUUAAAUAAAGAUGGUUAUACACCAUUAACAUUAGCUGCUAAAUUAGGACAAGCUGAUAUGUUUUCAUUUUUACUUGAAGAACGUAAAAUAACUCAAUGGAGUUUUGGACCUGUUGCAUGUGUACUUUAUCCACUUGAUCAAGUCGAUUUAGAUUUUCGAGAAGAUAAUCUUGAAACACCACCUUGUGCACUUGAAUUAAUUGUACAAAAUGCUCAUGUUGAACUUAUUAUGCAUCCACGUAUGAUUGAUUUAAUUAAUAAAAAAUGGGAACGUUUUGCAAGAAGAAUUUUUUUUAAUCGAUUUCUUAUUACACUUUGCUAUAUGUUAAUCUUUCUUGUUACAACUAUACUUGAUCAAACACGAACAGAAGUGACUGAAGGUGAAGGUGAUGAAGAAGUAACAAUAAGUGUUGAACCACCAGGAUUGAUUUGUCAAACAUUAUGUACAAUAGGUCGUUUAUUAGUUUUAGCAGGAGCUAUAUGGAAAGGUAAAUCUGAAUUUCGAGAAAUAAAUAAUAUUGGUAUACGAAAAUAUUUUCAAACAGCGGGUUCUGGUUUUCUUGAAAAUUGUUUAGCAUGUUUAUUUUGUACAACUAUUUAUAUUGUUAAUAUUUUUCGAUUAUUAAAUAUAAAUGCAGAAUUACCAGCAUUAGCAAUAGCAUCAUUACUUGGUUGGGGUUAUAUGCUUUUUUUUGUUAUGGCAUUUCGAUUAACUGGUCCAUUUGUUGUGAUGAUAUAUGAAAUGCUAUUAAAUGAUGUUCUUCGAUUUUGUAUUAUUUAUGUUGUAUUUCUUGUAGGAUUUUCACAAACAUUUUUCAUUUUAUUUAAUUAUAAUGGUUUUCUUGGUUUUGUUAUUAGUGUUAAACAAUGUUUUUUAGGCAUGUUAGGAGAUUUUGAUCUUGAUGCUUAUACAAGUACAGAAUAUGCAUAUAUAAAUGUAUUAAUUCUUAUUUUUUAUAUAAUUGUUGUAACAAUUUUAUUACUUAAUUUACUUGUUGCUAUGAUGGGUGAUACAUAUGGAAAUAUUAUUGAAGAUGCAACACAAGUAUGGCAUUUAGAACGAGCACGUAUUGUAUUUGCAAUUGAAAAUGAAAUGGACACUGAACAACGAAUUUUACCAAUAAAUAAAUAUUGGACUAAUAUUGAUGGUGAACGAUAUUUACAAGUAGAAGAAGUUAAUGAAAAAGAUUUUCUUACGCAAAAUACUAAUGUUGAAUCUAGUGUUAAUAAUGAUCAAACAAAUUUGAAGAAACAAUAUUCUAAUGGAAGUUCAACUGAAUUCUAA